GAGCCACACAUAACAGGCUGGUGGCGGCACACUCAGGCAGCCAGCAAGAAGGAGCGUUUCGGUGUCAGUGAUCCACCAACCGCGGCAGAGGAAAGGUGUAGCUUUUAUCUGUCCCGUGUACACAGACUACCAACGUGACGCUUAACCUGGUGACAUUGAAAGAGAAAGUAAUCACGCUUUUGUUCUUUAUCGCACGCGGCAAACGGUAACUUGGUCGCUCUGUCCAGGUACGGGAAAACACUUAGUAAAGCUUCAUUUUCAAGUGACCGAUGGAUGAGACUCCCACAUGUGCUCCGGAAGAUAUGAAACCUUGAAGUAGCUCAUUAAGACGUGUCGGAGGCGCCCGUUUGGGGACUGAAGUAAAAGGAGGAGGAGGAGAACAGACUGAAGGCAAGACAGCGGGCGGCGCUGAAGUGACGGGCGGAAGGAGGCGAAGAAGGAGAAGGCGAAGGUGACUUAUUAACGAAACCAAACCCCCGAGGCGGAAGAAAGCGACUUGGGUGGUACGGCCUGGAAAUUAGGGUCACCGGAGGAGGGGAAAGAGAAAAGGAGUAUCGCAAGCUACCUUUAAAACCCUUACCACCACCGCCUACAACAACAAGACUCCUACGUUCUUAUGUUCUUCUUAUGUUAACAAGCCAGCCACCACCACCAACUAGCCACCACCACCACCACCACCGACAAAACAACAACAACCAGCCGGCCAGCCAUUCAGUCCGUCAGUCACUCGUGUUUACAAACCUUUCCUUUCACACCUCCUUGGGCCUCAGGGAAGACGCGUGACAGAAAAAAGGGGAAAAAAAAUAACGAGACGAGGCAAGACGGAAAGGAAAGACAAUUGAAUGGUCUCUUUUUGUCUCAUACACUGCAAGACUUGAGGAGAGGGCAGCUCAUGCACCUUACCACACCUGAGCUGACGGGACUGACAGGUGUGAGGGAGGUGAAAGGGCGAGUGUGAGUGAGCCAUCAAGAGAAUCAGAGUUAAGAGUAUCAAGACACCCAAAACUGCCCUCUCUUCUGCCCUCUCAUUCUUUUUUUUGUCUGAGCAGCGGCUAGAGGGCUUUUUUGUUGUUUAUUUGUUUUUUUGUGACCGUCAGCUGCCCCUCUUGAUGUAAAAAGAAACCCAUCAUUUAAGGAAGCCACAGAAACAAGAUACCACGUCUCGCCUCGUCUCCGCCUGUCUCCGCCUCUUCUUCACGUGGUCGUCUCCUACCUCACCUGUCCAUCAUGUUUCCCCGCGUUUUCCUCCUCUUCGUUCUCCUCUUCUGCGUCCCUUCGUUGGCCUCCGCAGCAGCCUCAACGCAAGAUGUGCCGCCGGAGUACAGGAGUCACGGCGGUGUUGGCAACAAUGACUCGGCGGACAAUGGCAGCAGCGGAGGCGGAAGUGGUGGUGGCGUCGAUGGAGGGGAUGCCACUGGUACGUACGGCGCCACUCCAGCAGGAGGAGGAGGAGGGGAAAGAAAAGCCCCGGCAGGAGGAGGGGAGAAAGUAGGAGCCAGGAAGGGCGGCAGCGGAGGACCCAGGAGGUACAGCAUCCCCAGCAGCGAACUGAAGAAGCUGGAUCAGUUGUUUGUCUCCGAAGACGACAAGAUGACGUACGACCGACGCCAGACGCCCAGCUACACGGCAGGUUCACCCACACGAGUCCAUAUCGAGAUGUACAUUCGAAGCUUCGGAUCCAUAAACCCGAUACAUAUGGACUACACGGUGGACCUGUACCUGCGGCAGCGGUGGCUGGAGCUUCGGUUCCUCAACAACUCCCUCACACGACCCGUGGACCUCAAUGACCCGGUGCUGGUCAAGAUGCUGUGGAAACCUGAGGUGUACUUCCCCAACGCCAAGGAGUCCGACUUUCAGUACGUGACUGUGCCCAACGUGAUGCUGAGGAUCCACCCCGAUGGGACCAUCCUCUACAUCCUCAGGCUGAAGCUGACAUUCUCCUGCAUGAUGGAUCUGUUCAGCUACCCUUUGGACCACCAGACAUGCUACAUCCAGAUUGCCAGCUUUGUCAAAACAACACGAGAACUGGAGCUGACUUGGUAUGAAGACUCUCCCUUAAAGAUGUACCGCCGCUUGAAGCUGCCUCAGUUUGAAAUGAAAGAGAUCAAGGCAGAUGUGUGCAACCAGUCCUUCCAUAUUGGAAACUACAGCUGCCUGCAAGCAGUGUUUGAGCUGCGGCGCAACAUUGGGUACCACUUGGUGCAGUCGUACCUGCCCACGUCCCUCAUUGUGGUGGUGUCGUGGGUCAGCUUCUGGCUGGACGUGGAUGCCAUCCCUUCCCGCGUCACUCUGGGUGUCACCACACUCCUCACAGUCUGCUCCGAGUCUACCUCCUUCAGGGACAAGAUGCCAGCUGUGUCGUACGUUAAAGCGCUGGACAUCUGGAUGGGUUCCUGCACAGCCUUUGUCUUCCUGGCUUUGGUGGAGUUUACUGUUGUGAACCACAUUGCUCGCCACCACCGCAGGUUUUUGUUUUGGGGUUCUGUGUACUGGCGCUCCAGACUUGCCUCCAGCAGCCAGAACCAAAGCCUUCUGCAGUCCAAGCAAGGGAUGCCUGGAGUCUCCUCCACCAAGUGUUCCAACAUCGACUCUCUCUAUACCUGUGCUCAAACUUCUUCCUUCGGAGGACAGGAUGAUAAUAGCAAACAGUGCCAAAAAAGACUCAGCAAUGUAACAAUGAUUGAGGCUCAACCAUCUAACAAAAGGAUCAUCAUGCCUGUGGAUAUGGCUAUGGAAGAGACUGUUGAGGUUCAAAGUGGAGGUUUCCUGGGUGGCUCUCAGGAGACAGCUCUGUGCAGCAGUGAUGCAGCACACUGCACAGGCCUUGGUGACUAUGACCUUGAUGAGGAUGAGGUCAUCCAGAGCCACAACCAUGGCCACAGUGAUGCAGGAUUGUCUUGUCUUCCAACACUCUGGAAGCAAGAAGCAGUGUUUGCAAAAAGGAUCGACAAAACUUGUAGGGCACUUUUCCCCGCCAUGUUCGUUGUCUUUAAUCUCAUAUAUUGGUUGUACUAUCAGGUCUUCACGUGAUAUAUUAGUACGAAUUCGGGUAUUAGCUGUUAGUUGUUAUGACUUAAGCCUGCAUCCAUGUACGUGUCCACCACACCUGCCAGCCUCACCGUAUGUUUGCCAGUUUGUGCAUACCCUUCUGAUUGGUACUCACAUGAGGGAAAAAAAAAAAAAAUCAAAAGUUGAGCUUAGGAGUAUAACGUAAAUAUUUCCAAUAUAAAUGCAGUUAGAUCUUGUUUUAUGCAAGACAUAGGUUUUGAUAAAACUUUGUGUGAUAACUGGCAUAUACAUGUAAUUAUAGUAGAUUUGUAUUUGUUCUGUUGGGAUGUGAUCCAUGAUUCCUUCUAAUUGUAAAUACCAUACUGAUCCAGGACAAUACUGCAUUAAUGUAUAAUGCUACGGAUUUAUCAUUACCGUAAAAUAUCUAUAAUGCAGGAGAUAUAGAUAGUUUUUGGUACUGAUAAAUCUGGAGCAUUGCAAAUGCAACACUACAAACCUCAGUAAUGGUUUAUUAAACAGAAAGAACAA